UAUUCUAACCACUAUGAGAGCAUUUCUCAUAUUACUGAUGAGCUUUUUUGGCUUGGUAACGAGUCAAGCACAACAGUAUCAAGAAUCACCUCGAAGUGCUGCAAUACUGAGUGAUACACGUUAUCUCUCAGGAGAUGGAACAUUUGGGGCCUCUUAUAAACAAGAAGAUGGAGUCGAAUUUAAAGAAGAAAGUGAUGAAUUUGGAAAUCGAAAAGGCUCAUAUUCCUACAUUGAUCCCACAGGACAGAGAAGAACUGUUACUUAUACUGCUGGAAAAGACGGUUUUCAGGCUACAGGGGACCAUAUUCCAACAGCAGCGCCUCAAGUACUUCCGGAACCAGUGCAGCCAGAAUAUGUACCACUGCCAGAAUACAAUCCACCAGAUUAUCAGUUUCCAAAAGGAAGAUUUUACGAUUCACGUUUCGAGACCCAAAACCGAUACGAGAGAGUGACAGCAAGUCCAAAAAAACCGGAAUCUAAAAUUCAAUUUCAGUAUGAAUAUCAACAUAAUCCAACUCCUGUGAGGUACCAACCACCAAAUCCUGAAUAUGAGUCCCAAUAUGAAGAAAAAAAAUAUGAAUCUCCUCAGUAUCGACCAACAAAAUAUGAACAUUCCCAGUACCAAACGAGAAAAUAUGAACCCCCUCGGUAUCAGUCACCCCAAUACCAAUCACCUCAAUACCAGUCACCCCAACACCAAUCACCCCAAUACCAAACACCCCAAUACCAAACACCCCAAUACCAAACACCCCAAUACCAAUCACCUCAAUAUGAACAACCAGAAUACCAAAAACCUCUUUAUUCUCCCCCUAAUCGACCACCUCCCCCCGUUUCUGAGUAUCGCCCCCUAUCGAGACCCCCACCCCAAUAUAAUGAAGUGACAACCUCGACACCAAGAAGAUUCUACCCCCCAGGAAAAUUGGACUUCAACAGGACGCCUGAUGGUUUUUCCUACACUUUUAGCAAGACUUAAUUUGUAAGACUUUGUAAGACUGAUUCUCGUUAGGGAAAGUCCAUUAAUUAAGUAGGGAUCAUUUUUUUAAUUUUAGACCCCUACUCCCCUAUUGUAAGGAUUUGUAAACAUUUGUGUGAACGAAUUCAUUACAAUAUUUCAUGCGUGGAAAAUAAGGAGCAACAUAUUUUCGUUAUACUUAGAUAGCAACUUUAUUAGAUUUUUGACGAAUAUUUUACAAUUUUAAGGAUAAAAUUAGUAUUUUGGCAAAUUUUACUUUAAAAGCAUUGAUUAUUUU